AUUUUUUUCACAUUUUACCGUUAAACGGAAGAAAAGUCAAUAAGCCAAAAUGUCUUACAUCAACAAGAACUUCAAAUUCGUGAAGCAGGAGAACUUCGAUGGAUUUCUCCGUGCUGUCGGUUUACCCGAGGAGAAGAUCGCUCAGAUCGUGAAGUUCGCUCCUGACCAGAAGCUGGUACAGGAUGGUGACAGCUACACCUACAUCACAAACGGUCCUGAUGGCGUUAAGGAGAUUAAAUUCAAGUCCGGCGUCGAAUUCGAAGAUGUCAUUGGUGCCGACAAAAUUCCCAUCAAGACCACCUACACAGUCGACGGCAACGUAGUCACACAGAACAUUACAGCUCCCCAAGGCACAGCCGUCUUCAAGAGGGAAUACAAUGGCGACGAACUAGUUGUGGUCAUCACCGGUGACAAAUUCGACGGUGUCGCUAAGAGGUACUACAAGGCUGAAUAAACUCAUAGCUAGUAAUUAUGUUAAUUUAUUUUUAUAAAUAAUAAAUAUUAUUAUUAAUUAAAA